AUGGUGAGAAUGCUCGGCAAGACAUUGCCGCUCACAUGCAGUCCGCGACUGCUGAACGUGAUGCCGUGCAUCAAGAAAUCGCUGAGCUCAAGGGUCAAGACCGUGCCUUGGAGGAAGCCUUGGAGGAAACCCUCCGUCAUACGACGGCCCACCUCCUUGCGCAAAUCUGCGCAACCUGCCUCGGCAACCAAGCGCCAAGCGAUCAAGCUUGAUGUCCCCAAGUACGGAGGUCUUCCCUCCCAGCAACCAUUGCGUUGGGUUCAGCAAGUGACCAAGGCCGCGGAUGCCUUGAACAUCGGCGACGAUGACCUUACGUGUGAGGAGGACUUCUCCUUCGAACCCUUCGACGAUUUCGUCGACCACCUCAAGGCGGCUUUCGUACCCGCCAAUAGCUACUUUCGCUUCCGUGCGGAGUACUUCUCCGCGAAACAAGGCAAAGCGUUCGAUUCGCAACUGUUCCGGACGCGUCCUUCGACGUUCGAAGACGCUGUAAGCAUCGACCUCGCCGAAGACUUCUCGGUUACCCAGGCACGCGGGGUGAAGGUCCGCGACUCUUCCGACAUGGAAGUGUCUGCCAUCCUGCCGACUGGCAGCGACCCGAGCAUCCUCGUGGACAGGGAAAUGGAAGUCCUCGGCACAUUGAUACUGUGUCAAAUCGGAAGCAUGCUGUCUUUCAGCAGCCGUAUCCCUGGAUACGACCGCCUGUUCCGCGUCCUGGUGGAUUGCGGGGCGUCGGAGAACUAUGCCCGACGCGCUUCGAUUCGAGAGAAUCGCUCGAUUUACGAUGAUGGCGACGGCCAAGUUGUCACCUCGUCCAAGGUCGUGGUGACUCUCGCCACUGUCGUGGAGGGUUUUGCCUCAACUGAGUCCUUCUAUGUCAUCGACCUGGAUGACCGAUGGGAUCUCGUCCUUGGCACGCAGAGGUUGGAGGCACACCAACCAUGGAUCGGCUGGAGAUCCAAGACGAUGCACAAGGCCGCUCUGGCCAACCCUCCGUCCGACCUGGGAGUGAUGAGUAAUGAGCUCACGCUCUUGCAUGGGCCAGCGACGCAGUUUGUCACGCGACCUGCCCCUUCGAGCACGAGGCUUGCCACGGAAUCCGCCGCGAUCGGCGAUGCCGCCAAGACUGGCGAUGAUGUGAGACGAACCACUGCCCAUCGGCGUGACACCAACGCAUUUGUUCUUUCGGUCUGCGACUUGACCGAAUUGCCACGAACAGCCGCUGAGAUCGUGACGCUCCCGGAAAUGAGCUACAUCAGCUUUGUCCGCGCGUUGCGCGGAGCUGUCAACGUCAGCAUUGCACUCAUCAGGAACGCCCAUGAGUUGCACCUCAUGGUUUCGUCGACGACCGACGACCCCGUUGAAGAGAGUGCCUUUCGCCCUUCCUCAUCGGUAUGGAAGGAAUUGGAAACGAACCCGUACUUCGACUUGGUUCGCGAGUUCCAAGAUGUCUUUCCGGACAGUUGUCCCGGGGUGUCCCCCAAGGACAAGAGCUGGCCGCUGCCCCGCGACCAAGUCUCGUUCAUCGACGAAUUCUUCGCCGCCCGCAAGAAGACCGGACACGUGCGGGAAAGCAAGUCCCCACACUCGAAUCCCACCUUCUCUGAACGCGGCCACAUUCCGGCGCAAACGCCGAUCCCACGCAAGGACGUCAUCCUUGACUCCAUGGGGCAGUCGAUCAUUUUCAGCGCCAUCGACCUUCGGGACGGGUUCUAUCAGAUCCUGAUGAACGUCCUAGAUAUUGAGAAGACGGCCGGGCUGAAGAACGUCCCUGCCACCUUCAAUCGCGUCGUCACUGAGAAACUCCGACCGCUCCGCGAGUUUGCUCCGUCGUAUCUCGAGGACGUGUACAUACACUGUCGCGCGACCGCGACUUCCUCGGAUGUGGAGGCUCACCGGUCACACCUUCGACAGGAGUUCCAGGCACUUCGAGACCCUUGUCUCUUUGCCAACCUGUCGAAGUGUCUCUUCGGGGUCCCCGAGAUCCUGGUGCUCGGCGACUACGUCGCGUCAAAGGAUGUCGCGCCGAUCCGUCCAAGUUCUGUGCUAGAACUGCGCAGUUGGAUGGGCCUCGCGACCUACUUGCCCAAGUUCUCGGCGAAUUUCGCCGACGUGGCUUGCCCCAUGACUCGCUUGCUCGGCAAGGAUACCAUGUCGUCACGAUUGUCGUCAAAAUUUUCGUCAUCGUCCCAUGGGAGUGGACACAAGAAUGUCAAGACUCUCGAGUCGAUCAAGUCGAGCCUCACAUCGGCUCCGAUUCUGGCUUUGCCAGACUAUUCCAGACCGUUCUUCGUGGUCUGCGACGCGUCGGUUCGAGCCAUCGGCUGCUGCUUGAUGCAGCGCAAUGCAUUGGGCAGGGAGCGCCCGGUAUCGUUCCAACCCCGCCAACUUCACAAGUCUGAGAAAAACUAUCCAGUUCACGACUUGGAGAUAUUGGCGAUGUACUACGCCCUAAAGAAGUUCCGCAUUUACCUCUUGGGCUCGUCCGAGUUCGAGGUCUACACCGACCACGCAUCGCUCCGCACGGCGAUCAACUCGCCGCACUUGUCGCCGCGCAUGUCGCGCUGGCUCACUUGUCGCCGCGCAUGUCGCGCUGGCUCUCACCUCUUGUCGCGCAUUCGAGCCGCCUACGCGGCUGACGUGACGUUGCGCCCCAUCAUCGAACAUCUCUGA